UUUAUCCCACGCAGUAAAACUUUUGGCUCCAGUUUGUCUCUCCAAGUUCUUAGUUUGCCUUGUUCUUCUUUUUUCCUCAGACCCGGUUUUUGCACUCUGCCUCCUGGACUCUCACUCCCUCUGACCCAGCUCCCACCAACCUGCAAAUUUUAUGUUUGCAAUUGGAACUCUGCCUUCAACUCAGCCAUGGGCCGCCGUGGUGAACACCUGACCUUCUUGGACCAUCUUGGAGCGCCUCACGACGUGUGGUUUCCUCCUGUUGUGGACGUCCCGCCAGACGAGGGCGACGCAGGUGUGGCGGAGGUAAGUAUGCCUUUUGGUUUUGCGCGUCUCUUUCCGUUUUGGACAGAGGAGGUGCAAGGACAAGAGGAAGAGGACGAUGAAGAGGAAGUGGGAGUGGGCUGGAGGGCUGAAGAGGAAGAGGACUGGAGCGAAGACAAGGAGGAGGACUGGAGCGAAGAAGAGGAGGAGGACUGGAGCGAAGAAGAGGAGGAGAACUCUGGCUACAUCACUUUCUCCGAAGAAGACAGCGACGAAGAUACGGACGUGGAGGCGGAAGAGGACGACCAGGUUUUCCCUCCAGAGGAGUUUUGGGCCGGCUGGCGCCAGAGGGCUCCUCCUGCUCAAGCUGUGGAAGUGGUGGGUCAUCGAGCAGAGAGCCCUUCUCCUCCGUCCAGUGGCAUCUUUGAAGAGGAGCGUCGCCCGUCUUCUCUCGCUGCUGUCCCCCCUGCGCCCUCCUGCAGUCCUGCUGCUUGCCUUCCCCCUGUGGGCCCUGCUCUGGACGUCCUGCCUCUCGGUGGAUCCAAGCGCCACAGGGAUGAAGGUGAGGAUGAAGAGGGAGACCCCAGCUCCAAGAGGCUGCGUCUUUCCUCGUCUGAAGACCGCUCCCAAGGCCCUGCGCCCUCCUCAUCUUCUGGGACGACUCUGAGCCUCCCGUGGUACUUCCGCCCCCUGCUCCAAGACCCUGAGUCGGACGAUGACUGA